AAGAACACUUUGCCAGAACUGUACAAGCCACCCUCCACGAAACCGCCGCGACUCAUCUGCUUCUCCGGCAGGGCGGAUCACCGUCGAGGCGGAAGCGGCCUAGCGCGCCGACCGCAGAAGCCCCACGCGAUGCCUUCCUCCCCCGCCCCAUCCCCCGUCGUCGUCCUCAGCGACACCGAAAGCGGCGGCGACGGCGACGCCGUCUCCGACGCCGCGCCCUCGAGGCCCGCCGCCGAGCUCAUCGCGUCCACCCUGAGCACCCAGGCCGUGGUCGACGCCCUCUGCAAGAAGCACGGCGUGCCGGCGGAGUUCGCCCGGCGCCCCGCCGGCGAGCUGCGCGCGUGCAGCGUGCCGCCGCCGGGGGCCGUCUCCGUGUAUGCCCACGCGCUGGAGGCCGGAGUGCGCUUCCCGCUGCACGCCUUUUUCGGGCAGGCGCUCACCCACUUCCGCCUCGCGCCGGGCCAGCUCACGCCCAACGGAUGGCUCGUCCUGGUCGGGUUCGUCGUGCUCUGCCACGAGGCCGGCGUGAGGCCGUCGACGGCGCUGUUCCGGCACUUCUUCUCCCUGUCGACAUGGAAGAACGGGGACGGCUGGUACUUCUUCCGCUGCAGGGGAAAGGGAUCCGCCCCAACGCUCUUCACCGGCCUUAGCUGUUCCAAAUUUGAGAGUGACUGGAAAGGCCGGUUCUUCUUCCUGACGUCGCCGGGUCCAUGGCCGUGCCCCGUGAACUGGGGCGACUCGCCGCCCAAGAGCUCCGCCGCAGAUCCGGUGCUAAUGAGCCAGCAGGAGUCGGCGGGUAAGCUGCUACAGGCACACGGCGUCCCGCUUGACCUCCGGAUUUACCUCCGCGACGCAAAUCUUCCUGCAGUCUUCUCCUCCGGCGCACCUCCACCUCCACCUCUGCCUUCUCCCCGUCCUACUGUUGCCAAAGUGGCGGAUCCGCCCGUCCGCGAGAUGACUGACACUAUGCCAGUGGAGAAGACGGCGGCGCCGGCAGCAGGGACGGAGCAGGUGAAAAGCGAGGCGCACGGCGACAGGCUUCCAUUGUCCGGAAAGAAGAGGAAACGGGAGGAGUCUACUGCAAAAGACGGGCUUGGCUGCGCCGCCCCGGUGUCCGACCCGCGGUCACCGCGCUCGCCCGUGCCCGACACACACGACGGUGACACUGCCGACUGGAAGGUCGCACGGAAGGUGCUAGAGUGCAUCGUCACGCCGUCGCGGGAGGACAAGUUCGCGUCGGCGAAGCCCUCAGACAUCGUCGCGUCGAGCUACGUGGCAAUGCUCCAGGCCGCGAACUACGUGUCCUUCUCCUCGGGCUACGCGCUGGAGCUGGAGGAAAAGCUGGUGGCGCGGGAGCGCGACAACAUGGCGCUGUGGGAGCAGCUGGACAAGGAGAAGACGGCGAGGGAGGCCGCGGAGGCGGACCUGGAGAAGGCGAAGGCCGAGCUCGCGGCGGCGAAGUGGGCGACUGAGGCGGAGCUGGAGAGCGCCAGGACGGCGGCGGUGCAGCAGUUCAUGGGGUCGGAAGAGCACACGCGGCGGCUCGCGGAGCAUGCGCUGGCGGGGUACGAGCGCGGCGCGGAGGAGAUGAAGGGCGUCGCGCUCCGGCACUACCCGCGCCUCGACGCUGCCAAGCUGGUCCUGCCGCUUGAUUAGCCGGUGCUUUGAACUUGGAGCCGUUUUCGUUGAUCUUUUGUGGAUGGGAAAACUGCUCCGGAGAACUGCGGAGCCAUGAUCUGGACAUAUGCCUAUCCUAAUUUGUUGUUGGUUGAAGGUUUGUUCAUGGUCAAGAUUGAUUUCAUGGGGAAAUCAAGCCUGUUAUCUAGAGACCACCUUUAUGUGGAAAUCGACUCACUGGUGCAUGCAGUGAAUACUUCUCAACCUUAGAUAGAAGCUCACCUUUCA